AUGUCACCUACACUGAUGCCAACCACUGAUCAAGAAUACAAAUUGGUCCACUUGACCGACCCGCAAAUUAUUGAUUUUACUAGAUGGCAAAACAGUCUUGCUUGGAAAGGAGCUUUAUCACAAAAGGAUUACGUUUUGAGAGAAUACGUCUUGAGCAAAUCGAAAGUGGCAUCUUCGGGAAAUAACAAGUUGUAUGUAUUCAUGUUACAGUCGACAGUUGAUGAUGAGCCACUUUGUUCAAUUGAGAUGCUCGUGCGUGAUAGUUUAAAAUUCGAAUUUGACGAUAAAGAGCGUCAACUGGUAAAGAAAUCUGACAUUUUGAGUGGAUGCAUUGGUGGUGUUUUCACAUACCCCCAACACCGAGGUAAAGGGUACGCCCGAGUUAUGGUUGAUAAAUUGGUAGAGUUGGCCAAGAGGGAGAUUGUAGGCAGUGAUGGUUUUACUUUUUUGUAUUCGGAGAUUGGCGAGUACUAUGUCAAGAAUGGAUUCAAAUCAUUUCCCGUUGACUUGAUCAAUGUUUCAUUGAAGGAUAAAGAGGUGAAUGAAUUGCAGUCACCACCACAAGUCCACUACGAAUUAAUUGAAUAUCAUCAGUUUCACGAUUUAAUGGAUAAAUAUAGAGCCCAUUUUGAAAAUGAAAUGAUUGCCAAAGUCAAAAAGGACCACAAGACUCGUGUUGCUAUCAAACCUACGUCGGAUCCUAUCGAUUGGUUUCAUUUGCGAGCCAAAUUCAUCACCUACAAGUUGUUUCACGAACAUCAAGACGAACCUGUCAUUGAUUUCAAUAAAGAGUAUGAAACAAUCAAGGAUAGCUUGAUCCACGAGCCGAAAAUAUUUGGAUUGAAAAUUACUCGUAAUGAAGGAGGUGCCGAAUCAAGUGGAACCCUGGUCAUUGGGUUUAUAAUUUGGACAAUAGACUGGUCGGAAACAGGAGACGAGACCCAAGCUACUAUAUUGAAAGCAGUGGCUUUUGACGGCCAAGACCAAACCGUGAUUGAUUUAAUCAAUUUAGCCAUCCACCAACUCACACACCAUCCAGUGCUUGAUAAACCUACUGCCAAUGUCAAGAUUUGGGAAUCGGAAAUUAGUGAAGGUGUUAAGCAACAGCUUGUUGGGACGUGGCUGGCGGAAACUGGGGUUGACAAUUCGUCACGGUCGGCAAUUUUAAUCAAUAAUCCUGCUGGAGAGGAGCAGUUGAGACAGGGAAAUUUGAUAUGGGAAGAGAAUACUAAAUUACCGUGGUUUUAG